UCUUUUUGACUUUUGAGUAACGAGUUCAUGCCGCUGAUUGCGCUCUUUCUCUCUACUUUUCAAAAUUAAAGUUUUGAUUAUAAAAUCUACUUUUCAUUUUGUCUCAAUUUCAUUCGAAACAAAACCUUCUUAUGUUUUAGACUUAAAUUGUAAUAAUUUUAGUAUUUUACACAGACAUGCGCAAUCAAACAUUCUACGUCAUAGUUUUUAUUUUACAAACCAAAGGAAGCAAACUAUAAUAUUAAAACUUGAUUUCGAUAUAUGUAUGUUAGAAACUUAGAAAAUUCAAUCCUGAAAGAAACUACAUCCAUUAAUCGAGCUUUUUAUUUGCGUAUUAAUACAUGCAUCAUUAUUUACUUAUGACCCUACAUAUUCUUGCCUUUUCACUUCCUUAGCUCUAACUCUAAAACAUAUUUUCCCAAAGACAACAAAAAAAAAAUAACACGAAAGAGAAACAUGAACUCAAAGUCUCUCAUUUGCUGUGUUGUGUUCUUACUACACACCAUUUUGUUUUCUUCUACAUCACAAUCCUCUCUUAUCCACUUCAACUCCACAACGUCAAUCCUUAAUGUCACUUUACCACAUUCCUUGUCUCAAUCCCUUGAGGAUUUCGCCCUCAAGACGUUAACCACUCAACAUCAUACCGGUGCACUAUACCGGGCCAUCUUACCGGAAAAUCUUUCCGGCAUCGAAGUGUCUGUCGUCCGUCUCACCGGGAAGAGCCUUUGGAACUCCGGGGCCAAGUUCAGCAGCGUGCUUAUUCCGGAAAGGUCAGUUUCGGUUCCUCCUGCCAGGAGAGUCGCUAUUGUGUACCAAAAUCUAGGGAAUUGGUCUAACCAUUGGUAUACCGUACCCGGUUACCGAUUAAUCACUUAUGUCUUAGGGUUUAAGGUAUUGGACGUGUCAGAUCAAGACAAUGUCAAAGAGAUUAGUCUAAGGAUGAAAAAUCCUGUAGAGGUUUCGUUUAUGGAUCUACCUAAAGAGACAGAUGAAGAAAUGCUGUCUAGGGUAAGAUGCGUGAGUUUCAAGGCACAGACAGAAGAUGAGAAAGUAACUCAUAUAAGCCGAAUGGUUCUUCCGGGCGUGUGUUACGGUUCUAGCCAUGGGGAUUAUUCGGUGGUCGAGCCCUUGGAGAAUUAUAAGAAGAAUGUCGAGUCGUGGUGGACCUGGUGGUGGUUGUGGAUCGUGGGAUUUAUUUCAGGAUUUGGCGUGUUAGGGUUUCUCUGGUUUUUGUUGACAAUGGGGAUAAGGGUUUCAAGAGCGAAGAAGAUUCAAGUGAUGAUGGAGAGAGACGCUAAUGAUGGUGAAGUGUUUGAGAACAGAUGGAUUGGUGGAAGUAAAAUGCCAUCUGCAGCUGUAACCAGAACCUUACCAGAGCCAGAAUCAGGAUUCGAAAGGGUCUUUUAGAUAAUUGAUUGGUCCUUACUUCAUCUAAAAUUGAAAAUUACUCCUGAUCAAAAUAUGUAGUCAUAUUACUUAAUAUACUAUAGAAAAAACUUUUACGUUAGUCCUAGCUGGGAAGCUUUGAAUCCAUACUCUUGCAAAUUCCAAAACUCUGUUUUCACUUUUCAAUACAUGCACCUAUUUGCUAAA